ACAGUUUCAAAUUGAACGUAGGCGACAGCGGAUUACACGGUAUUCCGCUAGAACACCUACUAAAUAGAAAAAAUAGCAAAAUGCUAUUUAAUAUUAGCGUGAAAUAUUUUAGUUUAGUGCUGUUGGGUUUAUCCUGUGCAGUGCAAGCAGUGGAGGAGAAGGAAAUUAUCAAUUAUAGACUGCCCGACAGCGUAAAUCCGAUCAACUAUGAUCUGUAUCUACAUCCGGAUAUCGAGACGGGCAAUUUCACUGGUCAAAUACUCAUUAGAGUGAACAGCGUGACACCCAUCACGGAGAUUGUGCUCCACUCAAGUCAAUUAGUGAUCGACCAUGUGUAUUUAAAGAAUACCAAAAAUCCCACUGUAUUUGUUAAGAACUAUUCUUUGGAUCCGGUGCGUGAAUUCUUGGUGAUCGAAUUGAGUGAGGAGUUGCCAGCUGGACUUAACUUCGAUGUUGGCAUACUGUUUGCGGGCAGCAUGGCUGGUAAAAUUGUUGGUCUCUACAGUUCGUCGUACCUCAAGGCGGAUACCACGAAGAAACGCAUAGCCACUUCUAAAUUUGAACCCACAUUCGCGCGUCAAGCUUUCCCCUGCUUUGAUGAACCGGCGAAGAAGGCAACUUUUAAUAUCACAUUGGUAACACCCUCAGAGGGUGGCUAUCAUGCGCUCUCAAAUAUGGAUAUACUGCGAGAAUCUUAUCAGGGUGAAUAUACCGAGGUUUACUUCACCCAAAGCGUACCGAUGAGCACAUAUCUGGCUUGCUUCAUUAUUUCGGAUUUCGCACAUAAAUCGGCGCUUAUCGAGACUAACGCUAUUGGUCAGCCAUUUACCUUGCGCGUCUUUGCGACACCCGAACAACUUGAUAAAGUCGAUUUUGCACUGGAAGUUGGCAAAGGAGUCAUGGAAUACUAUAUACAAUAUUUCCAAAUUGAGUAUCCAUUGCCAAAAAUGGAUAUGGUCGCUAUACCGGAUUUUGUAUCUAACGCUAUGGAACAUUGGGGUCUAGUAACAUAUAGGCAGACCGCUUUGUUAUUCGACGAAAAGCAGAGUUCGUCGGCGAAUAGACAAAGUGUGGCUCAAGUUAUAGCGCACGAGUUCUCACAUAUGUGGUUCGGAAAUUUGGUUACAAUGCAGUGGUGGAAUGAUUUAUGGCUAAAUGAGGGUUUCGCCAGAUAUAUGGAAAACAAAGGCAUAAAUGCGGUAUUUCCCGAGUGGAAAAUGCUUGAACAAUUCAUUGUUUCACGUUUACACGAGGUACUCACACUUGACGCGACUUUGGGUUCACAUCCAAUCGUACAGACGGCAGAGAGUCCCGCACAGAUAACACAAUUAUUUGAUUUGAUCACAUAUGGCAAAGGCGCUUCGAUUAUACGCAUGUUAGAGGAUUUUAUUGGCGCUGAUACCUUCCAAAACGCCGUCACAAAUUAUUUGGACAAAUUUAAAUUUAAAAAUGCUGUGACCGAAGAUUUCUUAGAUGAAGUACAAAAAUUGCAAACGGACAUUGAUGUGAAAUCAAUUUUGCAAACAUGGACGGUGCAAAUGGGUUUCCCCGUUGUUACUGUUGAGCAAGUGUCAGCAACACAGUAUCGUCUAACACAAAGACGUUUCUUUUCGAAUCCGAAUGAUUACAGUAUGCAAGUCGAUGAUUCGCCUUAUAAUUAUACUUGGUCAAUACCAAUCACUCUACGAGUAAAUGAUCUUCCUAAUGUUCAACAUGAAUGGUUUUUACGUGAUUCAGAUUACGUUGAUAUCAAUCUUGACGAGCCGGUGAAAUGGAUCAAAUUCAACUGUGAUCAAGUGGGCUUGUAUCGUGUUAACUACCCUGAUGAAUUGUGGCUCAAUUUAGCUAAGGAAUUAAUAUUGGAUCCAUUGACUUUCAGCAAUGGCGAUCGUGCUGGUCUACUUAAUGAUGCCUUCUCAUUAGCCGAUGCCAAACAACUAUCCUACGAUAUAGCGCUUGAUUUGACCAAAUAUUUGGUAAAAGAGGAGGACUACAUACCGUGGAAUGUGGUGGCUACCAAACUGACCGCACUGAAACGUGCGCUAAUGUUUACCGAAACCUAUAUAAAUUACAAAACGUAUGCGCGUGAAUUAAUCACACCAAUCUAUGAGGAACUUGGCUGGGAGAUGGGCAAAGAUCAUUUGGAAAAUCGUUUCCGUGUAACUGUGCUCAACGCAGCCUGUGCACUUGGUCUCGAGUCGUGUUUGCAAGAGUCGGCAGUACGUUUUAGAAACUGGCUUGCGAAUCCAACCGUACGACCACAUCCGGAUGCACGUGAAAUCGUCUACUAUUAUGGCAUGUUUGUGGCUGGAGAUGAGGAUUCGUGGGAUGUUAUGUGGCAGCUUUUCCUCACCGAAGCGGAUGCUAGUGAAAAGUUGAAAUUAAUGAAUGGCCUAGCGGCAGUGCAGGUGCCUUGGAUCUUAAACGAUUUUGUCAGACUCGCUUGGUCCGAGGAAAAUGUGCGUGGUCAAGAUUACUUCAAUUGCUUGUCGUCUAUAGCGCGCAAUGAAAUGGGUGAGUCAAUUGUCUGGGACUUUGUGCGUGAAGAAUGGCCCGCCUUGGUGGAACGUUUCGGUAUCAAUGAACGGACGUUGGGUAAUUUAAUACCGUCAAUUACCGCAAGGUUCGAUACGCAGACCAAAUUGGAGGAUAUGGAACAAUUCUUUGCUAAAUAUCCAGAGGCGGGUGCUGGCACUGCGGCACGUGUACGCGCGUUGGAGACUGUUAAGAACAAUAUUCAAUGGCUAAAGAAUAAUGAGCAAGUCAUUGCCGCAUGGUUGGAGAAGAAUGUGUCAAAUGUUGGAGGAGUGGUGAACAUGAUUAUUACAACCAAAGUGGUGGCGAUCUGUUUGGGUUUAGCCCUAGUCGCCUUUACGACAUCCACGAUCGUUUUGGCAGUGCAGAAGGCCAAUUUACAGGAUGAAUUGGAUGCAUUGAAAAGCUCUACCACGACCACAGCGGUAACGCCCACUACACCGAGUACAAGCGGUCCGCCAGCAACAACACCAACUACAACAACCGUUGGUGCACCAUUAACAACAACGCCAUUACCAGAGACUACAACAACUGCGCCGGAAGUUAUCAACUAUCGACUGCCCGACAGUGUUAUACCAAGCAACUAUGAUCUUUAUCUGCAUCCGGAUAUCGAAACGGGCAAUUUCACUGGUCAAAUGCGUAUUUGGGUGAACACCACUCGUAGCAUUGACAAGAUUAUAUUGCAUUCCAGCAAAUUAGUCAUAAACAAUGUUUAUUUGUGGGAGACGAAAAAUCCGACUAUAUUCGUUAAGAACUAUUAUCUGGAUUUGGUGCGUGAAUUCUUGGUGAUCGAAUUGAGUGAGGAGUUGCCAGCGAAUCUUAGAUUCCAGCUGGGCAUAAUAUUUGAGGGCAACAUGGCUGGUAAAAUUGUAGGACUCUACAGUUCAUCGUACCUGAAAGCCGAUAAUACGAGGAAAUAUAUUGCCACAUCUAAAUUUGAGCCCACAUAUGCGCGUCUCGCAUUCCCCUGUUUCGAUGAACCGGCCAUGAAGGCGACAUUCGAUGUGACUUUGGUGUAUCCUUCCGAGGGUGGUUACCAUGCGCUCUCAAAUAUGGAUAUCGCGCGUGAAUCUUACCAGGGUAAAUACACCGAGGUUUACUUCAAUACAAGCGUACCGAUGAGCACAUAUCUGGCCUGUUUCAUUGUUUCCGACUUUGAAUAUAAAUCUGAGGAAAUCAAUACUAACGGUAUUGGUAAGCCAUUCACAUUGCGUGCCUUCGCAACACCCGAACAACUUAAUAAAGUUGAUUUCGCCUUGGAGGUUGGCAAAGCAGUGAUCGAGUACUACAUACAGUACUUCCAAGUGGAAUAUCCACUACCGAAAUUGGACAUGGCCGCAAUACCGGAUUUCGUCUCCGGCGCAAUGGAACAUUGGGGUCUAGUGACAUACCGUGAAACCUCGCUGCUUUACGACAAAGCUGUCAGCUCCACGGCGAAUAGACAACGUGUUGCGAGCGUUAUCGCCCAUGAAUUUGCACAUAUGUGGUUUGGAAAUUUAGUUACUAUGGCCUGGUGGAAUGAUUUAUGGCUUAAUGAGGGUUUUGCUAGCUACAUUGAAGAUAAAGGUGUUGAGGCGAAGUUCCCCGAAUGGAAAAUGCGUGAUCAAUUCAUUACUGGUACACUGCAUGGCGUACUCUCAUUGGAUGCCACACUUGGUUCUCAUCCCAUCAUACAGACUGUAGCUAAUCCCGAUCAAAUUACGGAAAUUUUCGAUACCAUCACCUACUCGAAGGGUUCAUCGAUUAUACGCAUGUUGGAGGAUUUCAUUGGACCUGAUAAUUUCCAAAAGGCCGUCACGAAUUACUUGAAUGAGUACAAAUUUAAAAAUGCGGUCACCGAUAACUUUUUAACCGAAAUCGAUAAAUUAAAUUUGGGCAUCGAUGUGAAAUCAAUCAUGAACACCUGGACGGAACAAAUGGGUUUGCCGGUGGUGGAAGUGGAACAAAUUAGCGAAACCAAAUUCAAAUUGACCCAGAAACGUUUCUUCUCCAAUCCCGCCGACUACAAUGGUGUCUAUAAUGAUUCGCCUUUCAAUUAUACCUGGUCCAUACCUAUUACUUACAAAACGAAUGCCGUUAGUGACGUUGUCAGAGCGUGGUUCUACUAUAAUGAUGCGGAAUUAAUCAUUGAAUUGAGCGCGGCACCACAAUGGAUCAAAUUCAAUUACGAUCAGAUCGGUUACUAUCGUGUUAACUAUCAGGCGGAAUUGUGGCAAAAAUUGGCGAACCAGCUAAUAGCAGAUCCAGCUAAAUUCUCAGUUGGCGAUCGUGCUGGUCUCCUCAACGAUGCCUUCUCACUAGCCGACGCCACUCAACUCUCCUAUGAUACAGCGCUCGAUAUGACAGCAUACUUAGCCAAGGAGGCGGAUUAUGUGCCCUGGAGUGUGGCUGCCUCGAAGCUGACAUCACUCAAGCGCUUGUUGAUGUUUACCGAAGUGUUUGGAAAUUACAAGAAAUAUGCACGCGAAUUGAUUGAGCCAAUUUAUAAGAGUGUUACAUGGACGGUGGGCGAAGAUCACUUGCAGAAUCGCCUGCGUGUCACCAUACUCGCAGCUGCUUGCUCGCUCGGCCUAGAAGAUUGUCUAAAAGAAGCUAAUACACGCUUCAACGCCUGGUUGAAAAAUCCUACUGAACGCCCACAUCCGGAUAUACGUGAAACUAUCUAUUAUUAUGGCGCCUUUGGUGCUGACGAAGAAGCUUGGCAAACUAUGUGGGAACUUUUCGUGAAAGAAACCGAUGCCAGUGAGAAAUCAAAAUUGAUGUACGGUCUGUCGGCUGUACAAGUGCCAUGGAUAUUGGGCAACUACAUCAAUCUCGCUUGGGAUGAGAACAAUGUGCGCAGUCAAGAUUACUUCAGUUGUCUGCAAUAUAUUGCCGCCAAUCCCGUGGGUGAACCACUUGUCUGGGAUUAUGUGCGUGAACACUGGCCCGAUCUGGUGGAGCGCUUCGGUUUGAAUGAACGUUAUUUGGGCAGCAUGAUACCCUCGAUAACCGGGCGUUUUGAUAAACAAACGAAGUUGGAGGAAAUGGAAGCAUUCUUUGCUAAAUAUCCCGAAGCCGGUGCUGGUGCUGCGGCGCGUGUGCGUGCACUGGAGAAUGUUAAGAAUAAUAUUGCUUGGCUGGCGAACAACAAGGACAAUAUUGGAUCAUGGUUGGAGAAGAAAUCCUUGUGAAGUUGCAAGCAAGAGGAAAGAAUCAUUUAAAAUUUAAUAUUAUAGUUUUUAUUGAGAAAAAGUAUGGAAUCAUUAAGAAAAUAAAGUUUUGAUCAUUUUCUUUUUGUUGAA